UUUUUUUUGUAUAUUACUAUAACUCUUAUUUUUAAUUGUUUAUAGGCCCCAGCACCAGUACCCAAUUCAAGGAACUGUCGUCCAAAAUAGACGAAAUUUUGGAAAGACAGCGUUCCACUGAGGUGAAGGUGCAGGCCAUGCAAGGAAUGCUGGAGGCAUUCAUGGCGAAGUCCGAAGUUUCGGUCAAUUUGUUGGCGUCCAAAAUUGCAAAAGAGAAUGCAGAGGAAGUGGAUGAGGAACUGCAACUGGAUGAAAUUUUCCCACUUACCUCUGUCCAACAAAUUGAGGAAAUCGAGGAAAAACUCCAUCAAAAUGCAGCAUUCAAAAAAAAAUUGGUCCGUAAGUUGAGCUCCUAUGGGGGGGCCAACGGAAUGAAAACGAUCCGCACUAUUUGCAAGUGCAUUUUUACGGAUCCACUACUGGCAGAACAUUCUUGGCUGGGGACUAAUGCCAAAAAAAGUUUCAGCCAAUACAAAUUCCUGUAUAAAACUAUAUUGGAAGCGGUCCGAUCAAGGUACCCCACUUAUAGUGAAGCUGAGGGUGCUUCAUUUUUUAAAGGCUUUUUGAAGCAAGCCCCAUUUCGAAUGGGAAAACCGUCCACAAAUACCAGUUCCAACACCAGCUCCUCUGCCUCUGACGGGCAAUCCACAACAUAAUUAAGUUAAGCUAUUUUUUAUUUUUAGUUUUAGUUUUACUUUUACUUUAAGUUUUAGUUUUAGUUUUACUUCAUUAAAUAAUGUUUCACUAAACUUAAAUUUCAGCGUUCUUAUUUCAAAUAUUAAAUUUUCAGCUGGGAAGAAUCUUAUGGUUUGCAGCAUGUUGGUAAGCAAACAUUUUAUAGGUUUUUUAAAAUCUGUAAAUAACCGGUUAUAAAAAAGCUGUGAAGUAACGUUUAUUACAGGUUUUAUAAGAACCUGUACGAAGUUAUUUACAGGUUUUAUAGAAACCUAUAGGUAAGCGGUUAUAAAAAAAACCGUCAAAUAACGUUUGUUAUAGGUUUUAUAAAAACCUGUACAACGUUUAUUACAGGUUUUAAAAAAACUGGAAGAAAACGGUUAUAAAAAAAACCGUUAAAUAACGUUUAUUACAGGUUUUAUAGAAACCUAUAGGUAAGCGGUUAUAAAAAAAACCGUCAAAUAACGUUUGUUAUAGGUUUUAUAAAAACCUGUACAACGUUUAUUACAGGUUUUAAAAAAAACGGGAAGAAAACGGUUAUAAAAAAACCGUCAAAUAACGUUUAUUAGAGGUUUUAUAAAAACCUAUAGGUAAGAGGUUAUAAAAAAAACCGUAAAUUAACGUUUAAUACAGGUUUUAAAAGAACUUGUUAUAUUACAGGUUUCAAAAAAACCUGUAAUAACGUUAAUUACAGGUUUUAUAAUAACCGUAGUAAAACGGUUAUAAAAAAAACCGUCAAACAACUCAGUACAGGUUUUUUUUAAACUGUAUAAUAACGGUUUGUAAACGGUUAUAAAAUAGCCGUAAAUGGUUUAUUUCAAGUUUUUCUUUGACUAAAAAUAAACAGUUAUUUAAUAACCGUGAAAAUUAGGUUUUUAAAAACCCAGUAUUUGUAGAAAAAAGUGGGUUUUUUAAAAACCCGAUUUAGACGAAGUUAAAAAAUAACUGACCAUUUUCGGUUGUGGAGACGUUUCUGGAACGUCUUAAAUACGUUUAUUUAACGAGUUUAGUAACUUAUCCGUUAAAUAACCAGAGUAAAUAUCCGGUUUAUUUUCCGCUUUCUAACCACAAAAUGUUA